AUGCUUGUUUGUCUUCUAAGUCAACUUGAGUGUUCAAAUGAGGUUUUAAAAAAAAAAAAAGCAAAUUUUUCAUGUAUCAACCACAGUUGGGAAUCUGAGGGAGCUGCAUUCGCCGUUUACGUCAAUGGUGAAAAGGUUGUGGAUUUAUGGGGCGGUUAUGCCGAUUCGAGUGCCAAUCGAAAAUGGAAAUCCGAUACCAUGUCGUUAUUUUUCAGCACAACAAAAAGUAUAUGUGGAAUAUGUUUUGCAAUGUUAGUAGAUCGUGGACUUGCUAAAUAUGAAGAUUUAGUAACCAAAUAUUGGCCAGAAUUUGGACAAGCUGGUAAAGAAAAAAUUACCAUUGAACAAUUGUUGGCUCAUCAGGGAGGUCUUGCAUAUGUAGAUGGUACUAUUGACGAAGGAUGCGUCAAAGAUUGGAGAAAAAUGUCUUUAUUAUUCGAGAAACAGAAACCAAACUGGACACCUGGUGAACAAGUUGGAUAUCACAUGAUGACAUUUGGCUGGCUUGUUGACCAAUUGAUUCGACGAAUUGAUCCAGAAAAACGAAGUUUAUCAGUAUUUUUUCAACAAGAGAUAGCUGAACCGCACGGUCUUGACAUAACCAUUGGUUCACCGUUAGAUCAAGAGCAUCGGGUAGCACGACUUAGUCAUUCAUCAAAAUUUGCAUUAGCAAAAGAAAUUAUGGAGUACCCAACAAUUUUAAAAUUUAUUUGGAAUUUAUUUACCACUCGCCGUUCACCAAAUGGUCUCCUUAGGAAGGUUUUACAAAAUAUUGUGUGGAUGGGAAGCGAUUUUCUAGUCUUUAAUAAUCCGGAUUAUCGUUCCUUGAACAUUCCGUCAGCGAACGGAAUGGGAACUGCAAGAUCUCUAGCAAAGCUACAUUCAUUGUUGGCACAAGGCAAACUUGUCAGUCAAAAAACUUUGGAGAAACUAUUAGUUCCCGUAGUGGUUGAUCAUCACGAUGUAGUUUUAUUAAUGAUCGAAACAAAAGGAAAAGGAUUUAUUUACACUAAAAACUGGUUAAUUGGGCAUCCGGGAAUGGGAGGUCAAAAUGCAAAAGCUGAUAUUACAAAUGGUGUUGCUUUUGCCUACAUAUGUAACAGCAUGAAAGCCGGUGUGUCUGAUUACACAGCAACAUUUACACGGCUACAGAAGUGCUUAUAUCAAUGUUUGGAAAACAACAGUCUUCUAAAAGACUCUUUGGUUUCCACCCAAAAUAUGCUUUCCAAAGGUAAUACGUUUGUUUGUGAUCAGUACUGA